CCCACCCAGGGGCCCUGCUGCCACUGUGGGUGAAAACCUCGCGCUCUCCGGUGUAUACGCCCUCUUCCUCCGUUGGCUUCAGGAAAAAAAUGGCGAAGCCUCGGAAACAGAAGAACGAGGAGCAGAAGACCGAGAGCUCGGGAGGGGUCGUCCUCCACCAGAAGCUCUGCCUCUCGAUCGACAUGGAGGAGCGAAGGAUCUGCGGGUACACUGAGCUGAAAUUAGUGGUCCCAGAGAGUGGUUAUGUGGCUUUGUAUGCUGAUAAUAUGAACAUUAAGAGUGUAACUGUAGAUGGGGAACUAGCUGAGUUUGAAUAUUCCCCACAUUAUCAAAUUGUCGAGGAUGAGAAGAGAUUCUGUUCAGUAUCAUGCCCCAAGUCAGCUGCUGACAUUGCUUGCUCAAUAUACUCCUCUUCUCUGGAUAGAGAAAUGGUUCCCAAUUUACUCAUUACAUGCCAUAGAUCAGCAAAAUCGAUAAAUGAACAACAGGAUCAAGAGAAUGGGAGGAAUCUAGUGCAAAAAUCAAGUGGAGAGCAAGUUGCUAAUGGUUACAAUGGUCAUCCAGUGGACAAGAAUUUGAAAUUGGUUCGCAUUGACUAUUGGGUAAAGAGGGCAGAAACUGGCAUCCAUUUCAUGGAUAAUUUGCUGCAUACUAAUAAUCAGAUCAGGCGUGCACACUGCUGGUUCCCAUGUAAGGACAGUAUUCUACAACGCUGCUCCUUUGAUCUGGAGUUCACAGUUAACUCUAAUUUCGUGGCUGUCAGCAAUGGGAACCUGCUAUAUCAGGUUUUAACCAAUGAUGAUCCACCCCGCAAGACAUAUGUAUAUAAGCUAAGCACUCCAGUGAGUGCUGGGUGGAUAUCCUUGGCUGUUGCUCCAUUUGAAAUUCUUCCAGACAUUCAUAAUGGCAUUAUCUCGCACAUGUGUUUGUCUCCAAAUUUUUUGAAGCUUCAGAAUACAGUUGGUUUUUUCCAUAGUGCAUUUAGCUAUUAUGAAGAUUACCUUUCCACAUCGUUUCCAUUUGGUUCUUACAAACAGAUCUUCAUUCCUCCGGAGAUGACAAUAACUUCGAUGAGUUUGGGAGCCUCCAUGUGUAUCUUCAGCUCUCAUCUAUUGUUUGAUGAUAAGGUUAUAGAUCAGACAAUUGGCACUAGAAUCAAACUUGCUUAUGCCCUUGCAAGACAAUGGUUUGGAGUAUACAUUACCGCAGAGGAGCCGAAUGAUGAAUGGUUAUUAGAUGGCUUAGCUGGUUUUCUUACUGAUACCUUUAUUAAGCGGUUUCUUGGAAACAAUGAGGCACGCUACCAGCGUUACAAGGCCAAUUGUGCUGUUUGCAAAGUUGAUGUUACUAGUGCAACUGCCUUAAGCUCUCCUGCUGCUUCAAGUGAUCUCUAUGGAACUCAAACCAUUGGUUUGUACGGAAAGAUCCGUACUUGGAAAGCUACGGCGGUUCUUCAAAUGUUAGAGAAGCAAAUGGGUCCAGACUCUUUUCGUAAGAUUCUGCAGCACAUAGUUUGUAGGGCUCGUGAUUCAACUCGCUACAUGAGAAUGCUUAGUACCAAAGAGUUCAGGCACCUUGCCAAUAAGGUUGGCAAUCUAGAGCGUCCAUUCCUAAAAGAAUUUUUUCCUCGAUGGGUUGAAUCUUGUGGAUGUCCUGUUAUGAGGAUGGGACUAUCCUAUAACAAACGAAGAAAUAUGAUCGAAUUGGCUGUUAUGCGAGGUUGCACGGAAAAAACACGUUGUGUUUCUGGUGGCAAUCCUGAUAGUGAAAUUCGAGAAGGUGAAACUGGUUGGCCAGGAAUGAUGAGCAUCCGUGUUCAUGAACUUGAUGGCAUGUAUGACCAUCCAGUUCUGCCAAUGGCUGGGGAGAGCUGGCAACUGCUGGAGAUACAGUGCCAUUCUAAACUAGCUGCAAAACGGUUUCAGAAGCAAAAAAAAGGUUCUAAACCUGAUGGCUCUGAUGACAAUGUAGAUGCUGUGUCAACUCAAGAUAUGCGCACUGGCAUGGAUUCACCGUUGUUGUGGAUUAGAGUGGAUCCUGAAAUGGAGUACCUUGCCGAAAUUCAUUUUCACCAACCUGUUCAGAUGUGGAUCAAUCAACUAGAGAAAGACAAGGAUGUGGUUGCUCAGUCACAAGCAAUUUCAAUGUUGCAGAAACUACCCCAACUUUCUUUCUCUGUUGUUAAUGCUCUUAAUAGCUUCCUCAAUGAUUCAAAGGCAUUUUGGAGAGUCAGAAUUGAAGCAGCAUAUGCGUUGGCGUAUACGGCUUCUGAGGAAACAGAUCUGGCUGGCUUACUCUAUUUGAUUAAAUUUUAUAAAAGUCGAAGAUUUGAUGCAGAUAUUGGAUUACCUAGGCCAAACGACUUCCAUGAUGUUCCAGAGUACUUUGUUCUUGAGGCCAUCCCGCAUGCAGUAUCUUUGGUUAGAGCAGCGGACAAGAAAAGCCCAAGAGAAGCAAUUGAAUUUGUUUUACAGUUGCUGAAGUACAACGAUAACAACGGGAACCCCUAUUCAGAUGUCUACUGGCUUGCUGCAUUGGUUCAGUCCAUAGGUGAACUUGAAUUUGGUCAGCAGGGUGUUCUCCUUUUGUCGUCUCUUCUCAAGCACAUAGAUCGGCUCCUACAAUUUGACAGCCUUAUGCCCAGUUAUAAUGGGAUCUUGACCAUAAGCUGCAUUCGCACCCUUGCACAGAUUGCGUUGAAGAUGUCAACCUCUAUACCUCUUGAUCGCAUUCGUGAACUUAUCAAACCAUUUCGGAACAUCAUGAUAACAUCAUGGAAAGUUCGAAUGGAAGCAAGCAAGAUACUUCUGGAUCUGGAGUUCUAUUGUAAAGGUCUUGAUGCAGCUUUGUGCUUGUUCAUGAAGUUCUUAGAGGAAGAGCCAUCUUUUCGAGGACAGGUGAAGCUGGCUAUGCAUGUUAUGCAUUUAUGUCAAGUAAAUGUUGAAUCUCAAAUCGAUAAUGAUAUAGCUUGUCCAACUCUUGUUGCUUUGCUUCAUCUGCUUGCAAGCAGAAAAGCGUUCGACAAUGUCUUCCUUAGGCACCAUUUGUUCUGCAUUUUGCAGGUUGUUGCCGGGAGGUCUCCAACACUCUAUGGUGUUCCAAAAAUUAAAGUACAUCCAGUGGUGGCUGCAGAAACUUGUACUGAACAGCUGCUUAGGCCUGGAUCCCUAAAGCUAAAGAUAUCAAGACCUCAGGAACCUCUCAUGGAUACAAACCUCUCUGAUGCUCUGCCCAUUACAGAGUCUGCCAAGGAUGCUGAACCUGUUUCUAAUGUGUUGCCUAUUGUAGAGACUGCCAAGGAAGCCGAUACUGUUUCGAAUUGCAGUGAAAGAAAAAAUGUUGUAAAGAUCAGGGUUAAGGCAACCUGCAUCAUCCAGUAAAGCAGAUGAUGUUGAUCGUUCAGAUGGACCACUCUCG